AUGAGUCUGCAUGGAUUAGGAGUGAUUGGGGCCCAAGUGGCCGCGUCUCUCAAGGGAGGCGAUGACAAACACGAGAAGAGGCCGACAUCCCCACGAAUUCAAUCGCCAUGUUCCAUCCAGUCUACUCCAGAAAUCAUCCACCCGCAGGACUUUGACCCAACGAUAGGGGCGAAGCCAUAUUCCCCAUUCUACAAACACGGAUCGCCUACGAUAUCCUACGAGCAACUCACUUAUGAGACAAAGAACAAUCUCAGCCAGAGUCACUUGCGAGAUAUUGAGAAUGCUGGGCCAUAUUCCGCAUCGAGGACGGAUAGUCCGCGACGAUCAAAGCUGUGGGAAAAAGAGCAACCGAGACGAUCGUGUAUGCAGUCUUUGAGUACUCGACAGCGAAUGGCAUUGAAGGCGGUGGUUGCGGUUGUGACGGUGGGAAGCAUGAUUGCCAUUGCUCUGGGGAUCACAGUGGCAGUGGGUGGGGCAGCUUGGAGGUCGAGUGCUGAGCAAGUGACGAUGGGUGGAUAG